AGACCUCAGGAAACUCCUCGAAGCCUUUCCUUUCUUACAUUUGUCCGCCGUUCUUCUCCUUCUUCGUCUCCACGGCUGGCUGAUAUAAAUUACAAGGUCGAAGAAAAAAAGAAACCAGACAGAAAUGGAAAGCAAUAAAGAGAAAAUAGUAGACGACGUCGGUUCAGUAGUUGAAGCUAUAUCUGCUGAUGACGAUAACGCCGCUCCUCUUUAUCAAGUCGAAAGCCUCUGCAUGCGCUGCACCCAGAAUGGAAUAACAAGGUUUUUAUUGACCUCAAUUCCUCAUUUUAGGAAGGUCCUGCUCUCUGCUUUUGAAUGCCCGCAUUGUGGUGAAAGGAACAAUGAAGUUCAAUUUGCUGGUGAAAUUCAACCAAAGGGAUGCCAUUACCAUUUGGAGGUCCAACCAGGAGAUCCCAAGUUGUUUAGCCGACAAGUGGUGAAAUCCGAGUCUGCUACCAUAAAGAUCCCUGAACUGGAUUUUGAGAUCCCUCCUGAGGCUCAACGGGGAAGUCUAUCAACGGUGGAAGGAAUACUAGUACGAGCUAUAGAUGGACUGCAGGCCCUUCAAGAAGAACGCAAGAAAGUGGAUCCUCAAACUGGAGAGGCAAUUGACCAGUUUUUGUUGAAGCUGAGAGCUUGCGCAACAGGGGAGUCACCUUUCACCUUCAUCUUGGAUGACCCUGCUGGAAACAGCUUUAUUGAGAACCCGUUUGCUCCAUCUCCUGAUCCAUCAUUGAGCAUCAAAUUCUAUGAUCGAACUCCUGAACAACAAGCAUCGUUGGGAUAUCUUGUUGACCCAUCACAGUUGAAUGCUGAUGCAGCUAUGGAGGAAACAAGCAAUGAUGUUGAUCAAAUAAGAAGACAACCACAUGGAUCAGUAGGAGCGGCAGCUGGUCAAAAGGCUAUUGCUCAGAGUAAUAGUGCUGAAAUUGCGGAGGCUUUAUUCCGGUAUUCUGCCCCAGAAGAGGUGAUGACUUUCCCAUCAACAUGUGGAGCCUGUGCUGCCAGAAGUGAGACUCGGAUGUUUGUAACCAGGAUUCCAUAUUUUCAAGAAGUUAUUGUCAUGGCAUCCACAUGCGAUGCUUGUGGCUACAGAAAUUCUGAGUUGAAACCUGGUGGGGCAAUUCCUGACAAGGGAAAGAGAAUAACCCUGUCUGUGAAAAACAUCAAUGAUUUAAGCCGUGAUGUUAUAAAGUCAGAUACUGCAAGUGUAAAAGUCCCAGAACUUGAUUUGGAGCUAGCUAGUGGCACACUUGGUGGGGUUGUUACAACGGUUGAAGGUUUGAUUACCAAAAUUAGUGAAAGCCUUGAGAGAGUGCAUGGAUUUACUUUUGGAGAUAGUCUUGACGAAUGUAAGAAAAACAAGUGGCUAGACUUUAAAGCAAGGUUGAACAAGAUUUUGAGCAUGACAGAACCUUGGACUUUAAUUCUGGAUGAUGCAUUAGCUAACUCUUUUAUUGCACCAGCAACUGAUGAUAUUAAAGAUGACCAUCAACUAAUUUUUGAGAAAUAUGAGAGAUCAUGGGAACAAAAUGAAGAACUGGGCCUGAAUGACAUCGACACCUCUUCAGCUGAUGCUGCUUACAACUCAACAGGGGUGACAUCCAAUGAGAACCCCCAAGAAUAAAUGAACUGCAAAUGAUGUGUGAUCGAGAGCAAGCAUUGGAUCAAACUGUGUUGUGCAAAACUAUUCAUACUGGCUGCUGGACUGAAACAAUGUAUUCCUAAAAGAUUUAGAGCCGGACUGCAAUUUUGAGGCUUCAUAUAUACUUAUUACUGUAAAAUUAUACUGUAAGGAUUUUUUGUCUACUAUGACUAAAUUUUAGAAUUAUUUUUGCUUUGA